GUGGGACUGGAUGUAGGACUGGCUCUCAUUAACUGUAAAUAAUGGCUGCGAGCUAUCAAUACGAGCCAUGAAUUGCCACACAUUUGUCAUACAUCCGAUCCAUUCAUCCAUUUUCAUCCAUUCAACUAUCAUAUGAACAGCGGCUCAAGACAUGUGGCGGAUUAAUUCAGUCGAAGAGAUUACCACUACAACCACCGCAUCCAUCUCUGAAGAGGAGGAAGACGAUGACAGCACUUCCAUCGCCUCCUAUCCAUCCCUUCAACUCAACCUAAACCCUCUGAAAGUGCCAUUUCCUGAGGCGGGGGUCGACCUCAUCGACACCACUGUCGAUGACUAUCAACUCAACCAUCACUUGAUCCAAGAGAAUGGUGUCAAAUGCUAUGAUUGCCAGACAUGGCAACAGAACUGGCUCUUUAAGAAAGCUAAGAAAAUGGACAACAAGUCUGACAUAAUGUUGGGAUAUAUGGCAAUGAUUAUCGCCGAACUGCCGAUCUGUAUGUUAAUCCCGAAUCCAAUCGAGAAAGUCUUCAGACCUGUCAUCGGCGACAGAGAUGUGGACGAGUUGUCAGACCUCUCAGAGCACAACUCUGUCGGCUCUCUUGACUUCUCCGACGAUGAAAGCGAUUACGAAGAGACCAUUGAUACGAAUGAUGUGAUGGAAAUGACAAGCGAUGUGUCAAAAGUGGAGGAAUGCCAAAAAGUAGUGCCCAUUAUAAUGACCACAAUUAGCAAAACGACAAAUACUAUUGAGAAGGAGUGCAACGAAUCAAAAGCCAUAAUUAAUAUGAAAGUCAGUGUUGUUUCAAACAAAGUGAAGCCAAUCGUGAAAACGGUGACAAAAGUGCCUAAUUAUCUGCCAAAAGAACUUCGAGUUAACGACAGAGACUCUGGGAGUGACCCAUAUCUGGUGCUAAGACCGGGUGACGCCUGCGUUCAGUCGGCGAUAACCGUUCAGUUCAUAUGUCGCGCCCGCGGAUCAAAACCAUUGUUAUAUUCUUGGUUUAAAGGCGACUCUCUUUUACAAUCCGAUCAACAUUUUCGCAUUUUUCAGAGCGGAGAAGAAAACAUACUGGAAAUCAUGAAUACCAGCCAAGAGUAUAGCGACCAAUACUCUUGUGUUGUCUACAAUCGCUUUGGCUAUCAAUGGUGUGAUUUCACUCUUCAAGUGAGAAACACUAGUUUUGUAUCCAAUAAAUGUCAUAAAAUGCCUCUCAAAAUGACCACAACUACAGUCGACAACGAAUGUGAGCCCAAGUCUGAGGCUGUCUCUGAAGUCUCUAAUAUCACUAUUAAUCCAAAGCAUGACAAACACAAAACUCGUCCGUUUGUUAUUCAACGGACUUGGGCUGAAAGAGUCGCUGAACUUAAUUCGAAAGCACAGAACAAACAAAAUGAAUCAAAUGUUGAGUUCAAAGGGGAUAACAAAGACUGUGAAGAAGAGACGCGUGUAUCGGUGCCAACACUCAUGACCUGUACUAUCGCUGAAAGAGAGCACAAGAAAUGGGAGAAUCCAGACAUCGAUUGGAAGGACAGCCCGUAUUCGGCGGAGAAUCUCAACUCUCGAUUACAGCAACGAGUGUUGAGUUUGAAUUCACUCAACGAAUCGUCUAUUGAAAGGACGGAUAACACGAAUGAUGAGAACGAAGCCGAGUCUGCAUUUCUCUCCUCUAAUUCUAAAGACAUGAGUCGUUAUCGAAAAGACUAUUAUGUAAAACAACAGCCAAUGAGUAGAGACGAAACGCUUCGUUCAUUUGAUGAAAACGUAUAA